ACAAAGUGGUGGCUCCUCUGGUGGCUGCUCCUGUAUUUGGUGUCUCAUAAAAUAGGCUAUGGUCUCAGGAAAUGUAGAUCCUCUCGACAAAAUACAGUUGGAACCUCACCUCAAGCUUAUUGUUGUCGAUCAAAUCCCCAAACUCAAGAUCUCGCACUCUGUAUGGAGGAUCUAAGCAACACUUUGAAAAGAGGAAGAAAUUACAACCUAAUUGAGACCUUGCUGGAUUUGGAAGACCUUCUUGAGGAAGUCGACGUGGAUAGAAAUAUGAACAUGUAUUUCCCACAUGCGGUGUUUCUCCUGCAGAAGCCAAAUGGCCCCUUUGAAGGCCUGAAAAUUCAAGCCAGCCAGAAUGAGUCAUCGUCAGACGGGAAUAUCACCAACGCCCAAGUGAAUGUUCAACUGCCUAGAGAGUUGGAUGCUGGACCAAAGAACUCAAUUGCAUUUUGCCUGCUUACCUGGCCGGAAACAAAUAUGACGACAUCGGGAGCCUCAGAUGAACUGUAUAAGAACACAAUGGUUGGCCUGAGUGUGCGUCAUAAGAAGAUUUCAGGACUACAGGAACCGGUCAACAUCACCAUGAAUCUUAAUAUCGGCAUAAAUGAGACCCGAGUCCCCAGGUGUGUGUUUUACGAUGUCACAACACGUGCAUAUAGCAGUAGUGGCUGUGUAACCCUUUGGGAGCGUGGUCAGGAACACAUCACCUGCUCCUGUGAUCACCUCACAUACUUCGGCGUGCUCAUGGUGUCUGCUCCCCUUACAGACUUGGACCAAGAGAUCCUGACAUAUAUUAGUCAGAUUGGCUGUAGUCUUUCUGUCAUUGCCCUGGUCUUCACUGUUUUAAUCUUCAUCACAAACAGAAAGCUCAGAGAAGAUGUCUCCAUGAAGAUCCAUGUCAACCUGGCCAUUGCGCUGAUUUUGCUCAACCUACAUUUCCUCCCCAGUCAUAUAGUGGCAGCACAGUCCUCCACCGGGCUUUGCCUGUACAUGGCUCUAUUUCUUCAUUACUCCCUGCUGGCCACAUUCAGCUGGAUGGCCUUGGAGGGUUUCCACAUCUACCUUCUCAUAGUCAAAGUCUUCAAUAUCUAUAUCAAGAAAUACAUGCUCAAACUCGCUCUCGUAGGUUGGGGUAUUCCUGCAAUCAUUGUGGCCCUGGUGGUCAUCAUAGACAGAGACGCCUAUGGUCACGUUGCUUUGAACUCAUCUAAACCCAACAGCACUGCAAUAUGCUAUAUUGCCAACGACAUAGUAAAAGUGGUGACUACAAUGGGAGUAUUUGGCUUGGUGUUCAUCUUUAACAUGAUCAUGUUUGGGUUGACAGUCAGACGUGUUGUGAGUCUCCACCAUAGUAAAGAGUUUGGGACGAUUGACUUUGACAGAGCCAAGCGAGACACCUGUACCCUGCUGGGUGUCACCACUCUGCUCGGCCUCACCUGGGGCCUGGUCUUAUUUUCAUUUGGCUCCCUGACGGUCCCUGGCCUCUACCUCUUCUGCAUCCUGAACUCACUGCAAGGUGUCUUCAUCUUCCUGUGGUCUGUGAUGUCUUUGAGAAAGCACAGAAAGUCAGCGACUGUGAGCGUAACACAAAGCACCAAAAGCUAAGGCCGAAGGAUAUAGCAAGAUGUGUGUGGGGUGUGUGUGUUUGUGCGUGUGUGUAUGUGUGUGUGUUUGUGUGUGUGUGUGUGUGUGUGUGUGUGCGUGUGUGUGUCUGUGUGUAAUACUGAAAUAAUUUAACAAAUGUACAUACUGAAAUCCACUCAUGUAAGUGAUUUGAUGUUUAAUUAUGAAAUUCAAUAUCUCAGUUUCCAUACAGUUUUAAAGCUUUGUCAUUAACAUACCCUGUUGUGCUUAUACUCUAUGGUGAGGUGUUUACUUAGCCAUCCAUUGGGCAAAACAGUUUGAAGUAAAGAAGUUAAUAAGAUGUACAACUAAAAGGAAGUGCCAAUGCUUGCUUGUUGUGGGAACGGUUGGGUUUCUAUAAAUAUAUCUCUUGCAAUGACAGUGUAUAUCUUCAUGCAGUUUCCAUGUCACUUUCAAACAUUACAAAUUGAUUAAAAGCUUUCAACAAAUCUGA